ACUCGAUGUUCUUGUGUGUUUUUUUUCAUGUGGGCUGUGUUGUUGUGACCUCAGCAGGUUCGUGCAUGACGUGUCGUCGGAAGGGGAGCAGGUCACUUUCGGAUGUCGGCUCAGCCAUGCGCAACAGAAACCGGUUUCAACUUCACUUUGACAUGCUUUUAUUCCGUGUGACUGACAUGCAGCGCUGAAGAGCCCCUGUCGCUUUCGAUAUCGGACAAACAGGAGGACAUGGAGGCGCACGAAGCUCAGCGGGACACCGGCCCCACGGAGAGCUGCUUCGACAAGUCCUGCUCGGCGCUGACGCUGGACGACGUGUACGAGAUCGCCAAGCUGAUCGGCGCCGAGGUGGAGAGGCUCAUCGACGGGUACGGGAAAGAGAGCGUCCUGGGGCUGGUGCCGAGGAUCGUGAAGGUGCUGGAGCUGCUGGAGAGCUUCGCGUCGAGGAACCUCUCUCACAAGCUGAAGGAAGAGGAGCUACUGAAGACCUUCGAGGCCAUCCAGCUCCAGCAGCAGCAGCUGCAGCAGCACAGGAAGCGUGGAGGUGGUAAAGACAACAGCAGCGAGGAGGACAGACAUGAGACACGGGAGCUGCAGCAGAAGGAGCAGCAGCAGUGGAGCAGGAGGUGUGAGGAGCUGCAGGUCCAGGUGCAGCAGCUCCAGGAGGACAGGGAGGAGCUGCAGAGCAGGCUGAAGGGCAGCUAUGCACAUGAAGACCGUGUGCAGCGGCAGGAGCGAGAGGUGAUGCUGAAGCUGAAGCAGGUGGUGGACAAGCAGAGGGACGAGCUGAGGGCCAAGGCUCAGGAGAUCACCACCAUCUCCAAAGAGGUGGAGGCGCUCCAAGAGCAGUUGGACCGCUUCAUGAAGAUGAACGCAGAGCUGCGACACAAGCAGAACGUGCUGCAGGCUCAGCUGAAGAGCACCGUGGAGAGGAAGGCCGACAUGGAGACCGAUCUCAAAGAGAAGAGCAAAGAGAUAGAAAACCUCCAAGCACAACUGGACAGAGCCAACAGCAACAGCCCUUCCAGUCCAAGUCAAACAUCUCGCGAGUCAAGGAAAAAGACGACCGGUGACCAGAAGGAUCCCGAUCAGCCGUGCUUCACCAAGAAGGAGGUGCGUGACAUCAUUUUCGAGAGGAACGAGCUCAAAACCAACCUGUUCCUGGUGCAGGAGGAGCUCAACUACUAUCAAAGGGAGAUCCUGAAUGAGGAGAGGUGUCCGGGUUUCCUCUUAGAAGCCGUCCGCUCAGCCAUCAAAAAAAGGAGAAAGCUCAUCAAGGCCAAGAUGCUCGGAAUUUCUGUGAACGAGUGCAGCAGCAGUGAUGAGGAGGAGAGGAGCUCUCUCUUCGGCCAGACACAAGUAGACGGUGCACGAGUGGACACUGACACUGACAAACCAGCUGAAUCACGCAUCCGAAACCUCUUUGGCUUUCUGACGCGGUCGGGCGCCGGCCGUAGCCCCACCCACAUGAGCAACUCCGCCUCUGGCUGGGAGAUCAUCGGAGACUCAGAGGCCACCGAUGAUGAGACGGAGCAGCGAUCGUCCUCCUGAGCCCAGUACUGAACCUGACAUCCUACGAGUCCUGACGCCCUAUCUCCUUUUGGUCCCAACCUCUUCGUCUGGUCUUUCCUCAGUAGAGAGGUCAGGAGGUUCUCUCAGUGUAGGCCAAGUGUGUGCAACACAAAAAGCACUAUGUGAGCAUGAAGACAGAAUGUUUUUAAUCCUCAUUAACCUUUGCUCCCUUAUUUUCCCAGAGGUCAUAAAUAUGAGUCACACUGUUUAGCUACAGUAUAAACAGCUCGGUGUACCACAGUAUUAAGGGAAACUUUGAACUCACCACAGCUUCCUUUUAUAUGAUUUAUGUAUUGAUACAAAUAAUGUUUUUUUCAUUGUUUUAUUGUUGGUAAUUUUUUUAAUGAUCAGAUAAUUAUAUUUUUUCAAGUUAAACUAAAACCAAAGACACAAAAUUUCAAAAGUAUAUAUUCUGAAAUAAAGCUAACCCCACUAGUAAAUCUGAAAACCAGUAUUUUAAGUUCACCUCUAAUCCACAAGAGGGUAUUGUUUCCUUUUAUAACUAAUAAUAAUAUUAACUCAUAUAUUUUUCAUGAUUUUAAGCACUUUGAAGUUGCAGUACUAGACUCUUCCAGCAGUGGGUGCAUUCUGAAUAAGCCUUAACAUGUAUACUAUAUUUUCUUAAUUUGGCUGCUGUACCGGCCUGUGUGGACUGGUUACCGUUUAAGGAAGUUGUGCACUUCCGUGUGGAAAUGAGAGUAGACGUGGGGAUUUCUUUUCUCUCCAACAUUAACUGACAAUUAACAUAAAAUAUCUGAACACUGUAAUCUCACGCCUGUGCUAAUGUCUGAAUAUAACACUGCUCACAGACCAGUGGUGUUGUGUUUAUACAGAGACAAUGUAUGACCUGCAAAUCACACCAUGUUUUCAUUCAUUACUGUUUGGAAUCUAUUUUUGUAAGUAUCUUUAUAAUGAAAUUGUGUGGUGACGGAAGCUUAUUUAAGAUUUCAGUUUCUAUUUGAACUUUAUUGAAAAUGUGACAAAAAAAAUUCAAAAUGUGGAUUUUCUGUGACCCUGAUAUUUCAAACUUAAAUAAAAUCCAUUUAACACACUGGUAUUGAAAAGAAAAAAUGG